AACUUUAUUAAUAGAGGAUUCCAACACACACAUAUGAAAGAUUUUCUCUCCUACCAAACAAGAAUUGACUCUCUUUCCUCUCUAUUUCCUCUACCAUUUCUGUCUGCCAAGCAUGGGAUAAACAUUAUUUUCGAGAAUAAUGCUAAAAUGAUUUUAAAAAUUACAUAUUAUUGUGGACAAAGAGGACAGUUCCAGUGAGCAUUUUCUAUUUCUGUGCUAUGAAAGCAUGAUUCGAAUUAUGGCUUAUAACAGGCAGGGUUUAAAAUAAUUUGUAAUUUAAAAAAAAAAAAAAAGUACACAUGAUUGUGACAAAGUUUUAAUUUUUUUUGGUCUCUACCAAUUGGGCUGAGAGAAGUCACAGAAAAGGAGCUUACAUUCGCGGCAAGGGAAAGAAAGAUAAAAAGACGAGUUAAGAGCGCGUUGUUUUAGUGGACCCCAUUUUUACCAGUCCGUAACGCGCUUUUAUGGACCCCACCAGACACUCCCUCUGCCACUCACACAAAAACCACCCCUCUGACGCUCCGUCUUUCUGCAUCCCACACGGCCACCUGUUGUUGUUUGUUGGGCAUGGUGAUGAUGAGAAUGAUCGGAGAACCCAAAGAGAACAAAAGGCGGAAGAAGGAAUAAGAAAAAGUAAAAAUGGGUUCUACAGCUUUAUGGCUAAGAAGCAUCCCAGGCAAAGACAAAUUCAAAUAAAUGGACAGUUUCUUGUGCGCGCCGCAUGUUGGUUUCUUUGGAUGUUGUUGUUGUUGUCGUUCAUGGUCUUUAGUUGCACCGCCACCACAGCAUAAGAGUUUGUCUUGUGGGGCUUAGUUGCGGUGCGCUUCGAUAAUGUCGCAAAAGAGACAUCCAGAAGAUGGCAGAGCUCAUCGACCAGAAGGGAAUACUCCCGAGGAUAAGCGUAGAAAGGUUCCUGCUUUCACGAAUGUGGUUCUGGAUGUAAUGAAGUUGCAUUCUGUCCAGCAUUUGCUGGAGCCAAUUCUCGAGCCUUUGAUUCGUAAAGUGCUGCUUGGAUACUUGAGAAUCAUAAUCCUUACCCAGGUUAAAGAGGAAGUUGAAUUGGCCCUAAGAAAGCACUUGAACAAUAUGAAACAGAAUAAUGGGAAAGAGUCACAUUCUUCUGAAUCAAGGAACUUAAAGCUACAGUUCGUGAACACUCCCUCUCUUCCGGUUUUCACUGGAGCUCGGAUUGAAGGGGAAGACUGUUCCAGUAUACAAGUAGCUUUAGUUGAUUGCAUUUCAGGACAAGUUGUUAAAUCUGUGUCUGAAUCUUCAGCUAAGGUGGAAAUAGUUGUUCUUGAGGGUGAUUUUGAUGGCGAUGAGAGUGACAAUUGGACUGUUGAAGAGUUUAAGAACAACAUCGUAAGAGAGAGGGAAGGGAAAAAACCUCUUCUUACAGGAGAUGCAUUUAUAAAUCUUAAAGAUGGUGUGGGUUUAGUGGGUGAGAUUUCUUUUACAGAUAAUUCAAGCUGGACACGUAGCCGUAGGUUCAGGCUGGGUGCAAGAAUUGUGGAUAACUCUGAUAGAACUAGAGUUAAAGAAGCAAAGACUGAAUCCUUCAUUGUCAGGGAUCAUCGUGGUGAAUUGUACAAGAAGCACCACCCUCCAUCUCUGUUUGAUGAAGUAUGGAGAUUGGAAAAGAUAGGGAAAGAUGGAGCGUUCCAUAAGCGUUUGAGCCGGGAAAACAUCACCACCGUGCAGGAUUUUCUGACCCUACUUUUUACGGAUCCUCCACGACUUCGAAAUAUUCUUGGAACAGGUAUGUCUGCUAAGAUGUGGGAAGUUACGGUGGAGCAUGCGAGAACAUGUGUGCUUGAUAAGAGGAUAUUUGUUUACUGCCCUCCCAGUUCACAACAGAAAACUGGUGUGGUCUUCAAUGUUGUGGGGCAAGUAAUGGGACUACUUUCAGAAUGCCAAUAUGUACCCAUUGAAAAGCUAUCUGAAACCGAGAAGGCUGAGGCACAGAACUUGUUAAUUUCUGCAUUGGAACACCGGGAGGAUGUUGUACCUUUUGAUGAUGAAGGCUCUCUUGCUGGUGGUUCUUCACAAUUUGCCAAUACGCUCUACUCAAGCUCACCAAAAACAGAGAGUUCCACGGGGAGCAAGUUUUUGGCUUCUCAGAAGAUUGGUGGCUUUGAUUAUACACCACCAGCCGCCUCUUCUCCAGAUAUCAUUUCAUCCAUGUAUUCUGUUGGGGCUACCAGUAGCUUGGAUGAUUAUGCCCUGCACAGCAUUGACAACAUGGGUCUCAGAUAUGACCAAACUUUGAGUUUCUCAGGCCAAGUGACUAACUCCCUUAUCUGUGAGUCGGAACCUAUGGCUCAAGCUUUCUGUGAUGAGGAUCACCUGCAGUUUUUUGAUGCUGAUCUUCAGUCUCAGAACAUCUGUUUGGGAUCACAAGCUGAUUUACAGAGUGCUGUAGAUGGUUUCCUCUUGACCCGUUCUACAGCAGUUGCCGCCGUUGACAAGGCUCAGAGGAGAUGGACAAAGCUCUUCAGUGUUCUGAAGUGGUUCUCAAUAAGGAGAAGUGUGGCUUUAAAACGAACCCGUAUUCGAGAAAUCCAAAGAUUUUAGACAUGGGUGUCAAAAAUCUGUUGUUUAGAAAACUGCAAAUAGAGUUUAGGACUGCUGCCCGAUUAAAAUUUUGUGUGCAGGUUAUACAGAGUGAGACAAGUUGCAGGUUUAUUAGAUGUAAAUACAUCUAGUUGUUGGAAAAUGUCUUGGCUCUGCUGGUUGGAGCUCAGAAAACUCUUUUUCACUUCAUAUCAAGUUGUAAAUAUGUCGAAAAAUGUUUUACAUAAUCAGGUCUCUUUCUGGUUAUGGUUAAUGUUAAUGCAUGGAAUGAAACUACCCCCCAUGUCAGAUGUUCAUUAUUUUCAUGGCGGAUCAACAUUUUGUAUGAAUCAUUUGUUCAAUAAAGGUUUCCUUUCCUAA